CUAGGAGCGAGAGCAGACAGAGAGACGCGGACGGAACGAUGGCUAGAGUAUUGAAGAAGGCUGGGGACUUCGUGCUGGAUGUUGCUGCGACGCAGUACAAGCGGAGCAUGACCAGGAAGCUCAAUGCGUUCGGGCUUAAGUUUGACGACCUCAUGAUCGAGGAGGACCCCGACGUGGCCGAGGCCGUGCGGCGCCUUACCCCGGAGCAGCAGCUCGCGCGCAAGCGCCGCCAGUUCAGGGCGUUCGACAUCUCCCUCAAGAAGACCCCGCUGCCAGACCACAUCCAGGCCGUACAGGACCCCUUCGAGCCGUACUUGCAGGACAUCAUCAAAGAAGUACGGGAGGAGAGGCUCGAGAGGGAGCUGCUCAACCAACGGUGAUGAGUGGUACGAUAAAGAGCGAGAAGGGCGAUUUCGUGGGCGCGGGGGCUCGCCGUAAGAGGCGUGUUCGUGGAAUUGCCAGUGAGGCGGUUUCACACACGGGCUGAAUCAUCAUCGAUCUCGGAGGGAGGGGUCGCUGAUGGCUGGAUCCCGCUUUGGGAUUGGAAAGGGGGAGGGAGAGGGGUUGUUGGGUCCGAUCGUUUGUACUUCCUUUCCCCGCACCUGAACAGCUCUCGUUGUCUCGCGUGGGUAGGCGUUGUUGUAUUUUACGACGAAUCUUGCAUCGAUCAGCACCCCUUGCCGAUUUAGGCGUUCCUCAUGUAGGUGGGAGAUGACAACACGUGACGCAGCAAGAUCUCUUUUUGU